UCCGCGCGCCCCUUUCCAGGCAGGGCUUAUCCCCGAUGUUCCCGCGAGGCUCUUCGCUGCCCCGUGUCAGGCAUUAGGAGGCCAUGGAGGGAAAGCGGGAUAAGCAGCAGCAGCAUAAAAUAGAAGAUGCUGGUAUAGUGUAUGUAACUGAAAAAAAGGAAGAACUCAAACAUGAGAAAGAAGUUGGAAAAAGUAUACAACAUUCAAAACCAUUUUUCAGGAGAGGACGUGUACAUUAUGCUAAAUUCAUUAACACAAACACAAGAACAUUAAAUGAACCGGUUCCCUACAUAGAGCCAAAAAAGGAGCCAGAAAAACAGGGUGGCUGGUGGUCACAUGGUAAAGGAGUGGAACAUCCCUUCCAACCACCUUAUGACACUAAGAGCACCCAGAGGAGUGACUUUCAAAAACCAACAUGUCCACUGGUUUUGCCAGUCAAACACAGCAAGUUGCAAAAGCCUUCUUGUGGAAUAGGUAAGGUUAGCAGUGAUAAAACUUCUCCAUUAUCUCAGGUUACUCCUAUCAAAUUAAGAUGUAUUACAUGUGCUGGCACUUCCUGAGAAAAUUCUUCUCCAUAGGAAUUGAAAAUAUACAUACAGUAAGUACAGCCCUUGACAAGUUUGUUCUUUAUGCCUUCCUGGUGGACGGCUUAUCUCCAAACACAUUUAAUAUAGGAUAAGAAAAACUGUACUGCUCAUUAAUAAUGCCAGCC